ACUGAAUGCUGCAUAUAUAUUGCCCAUGACAGUGUCAGAUGUUGAUAUGCGGUCAAGGUUCUUGAUUUCUAUCCCUCGUUGUUUCAACAUCAAGGAGCUACCAUCUGCAGCGCUUGAACGCUCUCGAGUCCAGGAGUUGAUCCGACAUAAUACUCAGCCGCUAGAUGAGCUCAAACAAACGCUUGACCCGCUAUCAAGACACCUAUUGAAUGGCCUGGCGUAUACCGUCGGCUCUGCACUAGGAUCUGAUCCACCAACACGAGAGGAAUGCUUUACAGCAUUCGGCAUACCCAACAAGGCGGGGCUCACAGCUGGCGCUCGUGCAUGGUCAAAGCAUUCACACCGCUCCCAAGGAGAGACGCCAGGUGCAAAGGAUUUGCCGGUCGAGAGAAAUAACAAAGGACAGAUGAAAAUAAACACGGGGUGGUGGGGCAGCCCUUCCGGCUCAGUUCCCUCCAUCAAUGAUCGUGCGCUGGCACUAUUCGAACGAGUAGUGGAUAAUUCGACUUGGAGAAAUCUCCAUUGGCUGCCGCAUCAAGUCUUGGUAUAUGAGGUACGAGUGGAAGAAGGAUAUGGCAUGCGCUGGUCCCAGGAUCGCGGUGUCCUAGAAAGCGGAGAAGUCGUUGCUGAAUUACCUCCGUGGACGUUUCGAGGAUUCGUAGAGCCGAUGAUAGAAAAUGGUCACGAAGUAGGGUGGAAACAUUGAAUUUAAGUACCCUACGAUAUUAUUUCCGCUACGAUUGUUUACUUGUACGAUGACCAUGGUUUAUAAACCCAAACUAGAGAAACUUUGGUAAGC